AUGCGCUCCUCCAUCUUCACUCUCUCUGCUUUGCCUGCUUUGUAUGGCCUUUUCUCCAGUGCUACCGCCACCUCUUCGGCCAAGCGUGGCCUCGUCUUUACCCCCAAUGCCUCACACCCACAGGACAACUACAUAUGGGCCCUGUCGCCGUCGGAUCUGACCUGGUACUACAACUACGGCUACUCGCCGUCGCCGGCCUUCUCGAAUGUGACCCAGGAUGCCUUUGAGUUUGUCCCCAUGCUCUGGGGCGCUCCCUCGGACACCAGCGACACGACCUUUCUCGAUGCUGUCAAGAGUCUGAUUUCCGGUGGCACCAACAUCUCCCAUGUCCUGGCCUUCAAUGAGCCCGAUGGCUCCACCCAAAACGGGGGCAGCAACGUCGAUCCCACCGUGGCCGCCAAGGUCUGGGUGUCCAACAUCAUUCCGCUGCAGAAACAAGGCGUCAAGGUUGGCCUGCCGGCUUGUACCGGUGGCACCGAAGCCAUCCCGUGGCUCAACCAGAUGCUUGCCAACUGCAGCGAGCUCAUCAGCACCUCCGACAAGACGGCCAAUUGCACCUACGACUUCAUCCCGCUGCACUGGUACGGCAACUUUGAGGGCCUUGCCAGCCACAUUGGAACAUAUGCUGCCGCGUACGGAAUCUCCGUUGCUUUUCCCGUCUUUCCUCCUGCUCGUCCCAAUGCUAAUCUUGACAGCUUCCCGAAUGCUUCCCUUUGGAUCACCGAAUACAACUUGGACAAUCAGGACCUGGCAUCCUCCCAAUCUUUUUACAACACCUCAGCUGAAUACCUCGACCGAUUGGCCUACAUCGAGCGCUACUCCUACUUUGGCGCCUUCCGUGCCUCCGCCUCCAAUGUGGGCCCCAACGCUGCCAUGCUUAGCGCUGGCGGAAAGUUGACAGACAUUGGUGCUUGGUAUCUGGGCGAGGAAGCCACGGGUGUGUCGCCCACCAGUACAUCUUCAUCUGCCGCCAGUCGGUCUUGGAACGGCCACUCCUUUGGCUGGGACAUGCUAGUGACGACACUAUCUGUCCUUCUGGUUACCUGCUGUUAG